GCUGGUUGUUGUUCAUUUGUCAAACGUCAAUGUGUUUGUUUUUAAAUACACACUAUGGCGGUAUAAUUUGCUAUUUAUUAGAUGAUGUUUGGUUGUCGUGGUAUUACGAAGCCAUCAAUAUCGAUCUAACUAUUACUAUUUUUAGAAACUGACUUAGGUUACUCCUUUAGUGCUUUUUAGUCUUAACAAUGGGGGACCAACAAAAAGCGCCGCGCUAUAUGACUCAAUUAUUGGAUGCACUUGGUUGGAAUCAAGGAACAAGAAUUCCUCUAGCAAAUCCUGAUAACCAAAAUCUAGAAACCCUCUUGAUUGAUAGACAAAAUGAGAUACAGAGGCUGAAGGAAGCUCUUACGCUUCAGAAUCAAAAAACCAGUGAUCUUAACAAUUACAAGCAACAUGUUCAUACUGAGUAUCAGGAAAAUACACGCCUACUAUUUGCUCACAAGCAGCAGCUGGAGCAAGAGGUGAAGCUCCGCCAACUGUCCUGCAAUGAUUCCGACAGCCUUGCCAGAGAUAUUACUGCGACCAACAAGCAGAGCAAGGACAUCUCGGAGCGCAUUGAUAAAUACCAAGCUAGCAUUACACGCCUUCUCAAGAAAGCGGAUUCUCUGAAGAGUGAAGUUUGCGGAGAGCGCGGGGCACUGCAGGAAUGGCGAGCGCAAUUGGAACGGAACUCUGGAGACAUCAGUGCUAUUGAACAAUUCACCAAGCAAGAUGUUUCCAAAGCAAAAGCAUUGGAAACUAAGAGACAAAAGUUAAAGGUAGAACAUGACCAUAUGCUAGAUCGGCUGAACCAGCUUGUGUCAAAUCUCAGUGCCGAAGAGAGGGCGUGUGAGCGAAUAUCUGUUCAGGUGAUGGAAGGUAUGGAGCAAAGGAGGCAAAUGAUGGUCAUGUGGACAUCUGCUGUCGAAAAUUUAAGGCAACGGGACACAGAUAUAAGACACAUCAAAGAGGAUUACGAAGUGUUACAAGUGGAGGCGAACAACAUAGCGGACAAAUGUCGCGAGCAGCAAAGCUUCUGCGAUCAGCAGGCCAGCAACAACGCGGAGGCGGUGCGGGCCAACAUGGGCCUGGCGCAGCAGCUCUCCAACCUGCGGUUGGUGCACCAGCAGCUACUGGACGUGAACGCGACUCUGCACAGCAGCGCCCAAUGCUCGCAGCGCGAGCUGCACAGCAUGCACAGCACGCUCGAGAAACUGCACAUGGAGAACCGGCGCAUCAUGGAGCAGCAACAUCGCAAGGACGUCGCCCUCAAGGAGAUUAUCAACAAGAUUAAAGAACUUAAGGCGAAAUUAGCCGAAUCAAUGGAUAAAACUAAAACGUCUGAACAACGUGCCAAGGAACUAGAAGUCAUUUUGCAGGAGGAAGAGCGCUACGCCAGUAACCUGACGUUGAACCAGCAGCGCGCGAUGCACUGCUCUUUCGUCGAGCAGCAGAAACUCCUGGCGCUCAAGAAUGAAGAAAAACUUUUCAAUAUGCACCUUAAAGCUUCAAAAGCUAUCGUCAGUAAAUUGGAAAAGAAACAAGCCGAAGUCCUCAAAAACCUCCAGAGUGUUAAGGAGUCUCUUUACAAUAUCUGUUACCAAGUGGAGACGAUAGGCUCGCAAGUGUCGCACAUGGAGGGCGCGCAGUCGGAGCGCGAGGUGUCGGCCGAGUUGCUGGCGCGCGAGAACAGGUUGUUGGAGGUGCGCGCGCGGCACGCGGCCCGCGCCGCGCUGCUGGAGCGGCACUCGGCCAAGCUGCAGGACGACAUGCGCCGCCUCGCGCGGGAGCUGGACCACUUCGUCACCACGCACGUCGCGCUGCAAAGCCGUCUGCGCACGUCAAUGUUGAACGUGGAAGGCAGCGAGAAAGACUUACGCGCGUCGCGCGUCGAGUGGCGUCGCGCACGGGUCGAGGAGGCGCUAACGAGGCUGCGAGUCGCUCAUGCGUCUCGCGCGCUCGCCAGCCUCGACGACCGCGCUUACAACGCCGACACGCAGCGGCUGCGGCUCGAUGCAGCAAUGAACGAACGUUUAGUGGAAAUCAUGGCGCGUCGCGAAAUGUUCAGCGUGCAGGUGCGCGCGCUCACAGAGGACUGCGGCAAGCUGCGCGGCGAGAUCAAGGAGCGAGAGAACCGCAUAGACCAGCUCAAGAAGAGAUACGACAUUUUUAUUGCUUCACUUGGCAAGGAUGAGUCCGGGCAGCAGUUGUCUGUCACCUUCUUCAAAAUAAAGUUCGCAGCGGAGCGAGCGGAACUGCGUGAGCGCGGCGCGGCGCUUGACGCGGACAUCGGGCGGCAGGAGCGCGACAUCUCCGCGCUGGAGGCCACGCUGCGCGUCGUGCACGCCGCGCACACACACUUCCUGCACCACAUCACGCCGCUCGCGCGCGACAGUCAGUACUGCUGCACUAGUAGAUACUGUCGUGUCGACAUCGGGCGGCAGGAGCGCGACAUCUCCGCGCUGGAGGCCACGCUGCGCGUCGUGCACGCCGCGCACACACACUUCCUGCACCACAUCACGCCGCUCGCGCGCGACAGUCAGUACUGCUGCACUAGUAGAUACUGUCGUGUCGACAUCGGGCGGCAGGAGCGCGACAUCUCCGCGCUGGAGGCCACGCUGCGCGUCGUGCACGCCGCGCACACACACUUCCUGCACCACAUCACGCCGCUCGCGCGCGACAGUCAGUACUGCUGCACUAGUAGAUACUGUCGUGUCGACAUCGGGCGGCAGGAGCGCGACAUCUCCGCGCUGGAGGCCACGCUGCGCGUCGUGCACGCCGCGCACACACACUUCCUGCACCACAUCACGCCGCUCGCGCGCGACACCCCCGAAAUCCAGGAACUGGACGAGCUCAUGAAGAAGUACUACCAGGUGCGCGACGAGCUGAAAGACUUGUACAAUGCGACCGCGUCAAUGGAGCUGCGGGUGCAAGACGCGAGCGCGCGUGCCACCGCGCUGCACGACAAGUGCAAGCAGCUGGAGCAGCGGCAGGCCGACUGUGAGAAUGAAUUGGACAACUUAAAGGAUAGGAUCUCUAAGCAUGAAGGCCGUCUACAGAACGCACUGGAUGUAGUCAAGAACAACGCUAAACGCGCGAAGAAGAUCUUUGACAACGUUGACGACUGGCGGAUAUUCCAAUUGGCUCUCUGGAUCCGCGACUACUCGGAGGCGGCGAGCGGCGCGCUGGAGGCGCUGGCGGAGACGUGCGCGGGCGUGGCGGCCGUGUACUCGCACUUCGCGGCUCUCGUGGCCUCCGCGGACCUGCAGCGCUACGUCACGCGCCACCAGCGCCGGCUGCAUCUCCUCGUGGAACGUUUGCAAGCAGAUUCGCGUAUCGGAUUACCUGGCGAUGAUGAAGAGUCAGUGUUUUCUUCGUCGGUGUCAUCACUGCGCAGCGGGAUGAGUAUUACGAGCGGCACCACCAAGCGGCUGGCCGCGUUCCGCAAGACCCUCGCCACCAAGGUUCAGGAGCCCGCCCGUUGCGGUCGUCGGUUUCGCUGCGCGUGGUCACGCUGGGCCUGGAGCGGCCGUCGGUGUCGGGCGCUCCCUCAGCGUCCGGCGCCCGACUUGGCAAGGCAUCACGAUAAAUUAUAUCGCUCUUUUACUACUUUUAUAUUAUAUACUUACUAUUUUUUCAUUUUGUCAAAUAAACUUGAGUGUAUUGUUAAAUGUUUUUAUUUUCCUUUCGGCCGCGUAUGUAACCGAGUUUUGUAACCAGAUACAAAAUAAGAAAAUUUACUCUUUUCUCAUAACCAGUUACAAACUCAAACAUUCUCGGCCGCUUUUGUAACUAUGUUUUGUAACCGCUGUGAGGUUACAAAAGAAGAAAGUUAUAUCCAAAGAGCAUAUAAUCACUACGUUUGUUAUAUCUUUCCUCGUUACCAAUUACAAACUUACAAGAAAAGGUACCCAACCGUCCGGUUCCGAUUUGAUUUAUAGAGUAAUCUAUAUAUAUAUAUAUAUUAUAGAGUAAUCUAAAAUAAGACACGUAUUUUUUUAGCUGCCCAAACUCAUCCUAUUAGAAGAAAUUCUCCCCCAAAGUACUAAAAAAUUCUAAAUCUUCCAACUCCUAUAGAAAGUGAUGCUCAAGCAACUUGCUAGUUAAUGGCUGGUUUGAGUAUAUGUUUGAAAGCAGGAAAAAAUAAUGAGCACGUGUUUUGUUAUAUAGGCUGAAACUCAUAUUUUCCUAAAAAAAAUCGUCAUUCGAAGUUUUACAAUAUAUUAUCGCUAAAGAUACACAUAAAGACGGGUGUUUGUGGUGACACAAACAUGACAAUUUAUAUUACAUUACAUUAAAAAUGUAACACUUCAGAACUAUUACAAUUAUUUAACAUUAAACAGUUUAUCUCUCAGAAAAAUCAACUUCCAUGACUUCCAUCCAUAAUUUCAACGACUCUACUGCCUUUAAUGACAUUGUAACUUAUGUAUAUAAAUUCUUU